CGUACCAGUCAACACUCAAAAUGGCCACCCACAGCGACGACGAUGAGGACAUAAAUCCUCUCACCUUCCUGAUAGGAGGAAAAGAAGAAGAAAGAGUAGCUGCGGCAGAAGGAAAAUACACAAAUCGACAACAGCAACACCACUAUCUUAGUUCGAUCGAUUCAACUGUUUCUAUUCGGCAACUUCCGUCAGAAGGCCUUUCCUUUCAGCUCUGGCCCGCCGCGACCACUCUCGUUAGCCUUCUCGAUCGAUGCAAACAACCCAAUAACAACCCCCUUUUCCCAAUCCUCACCUCCUUAUCUGACGGUCACCAAGGCCGUCUCCGCAUCCUCGAGCUUGGUUCCGGCACCGGCCUGGUAGGCAUUGCUGCAGCGGCUAUCCUUGGAGCCGAUGUCACCAUCACUGACCUACCCCACGUCCUCCCCAACCUCCAGUUUAACGCGGAUGCCAACUCCAGUACCUUCGCCGUGCACUGUGGGACCAUCAAAACCGCCUCGCUCAGGUGGGGUGAGAGUGCGGACAUGGAAUCCAUUGGCCGUGAGUUCGAUCUCCUAUUCGCGUCCGACGUAGUCUACCACGACCACCUCUUCGACCCUCUUCUCAAGACUCUGCAGUUCUUCCUGACCGGAGAAAACAAAUUAGUGUUCCUGAUGGCCCAUUUGAGGAGGUGGAAGAAGGACUCUGUCUUCUUCAAGAAAGCAAGAAAACUAUUCAACGUUGAGAUGAUACAUACUGACCCUCCCUCCCCUGGCUCGCGAAUUGGUGUGGCUGUUUAUUGCUUUCAGGGAAAGCUCCGGGGUGGCACUGCAGCCCCCCAGACAGUCUCUACUAUCGUGUGAUGCCUUUGCCUUCAAAUUUUCAUGUUGAUUGAUAAGAUAUUGGGAGAGACGGAAAAGGAAUUCUGCUCCAUCCUUUGCAUUUGAGAUUUUGAAUUGUAUCUUUACAAAUCGAAAUUCAGUGGUUUAUACUUUGAAACUUCUCCUCCCUACGACAAUCCCCAUUUUCGUCAUCAAUGAGGAAGAACGUUGGCGAAGAAGCGAAUGAGAACAUCUCCCUCCAUCGGAAUGUUUUUUUGUCUAAUACGCUUAGUCAUAAGGCAAGAUCAAAGAGAAAACGGGGAUCUGUAGAGAGAAGCUUAACUAUGAUUUUAGAGGAGACGUUGCAGUUUCCAAUUGGCCUGAAUUGUGCUGGCUUUAAGAGUCCAAUGAUUUUGGGGAUAAAGAUUGAAUGUGUGAUUCAUUUUUUCAUUAA